AUGUCGGCUUCCAUUCAUCCUUAUCAAAUCAACAUCCCCAAUUCACGAGUCCAAGAGCUCAAUUCUAAGCUUGAUCACGCCGCAUAUCCUGAUGAACUCGGCUCUGUGGGCUGGGAAAUGGGUGUGCCUUUGUCCGACAUGCAACGGUUGACGAAAUACUGGCGCCACGAAUUCAGCUGGCGAAAGGCCGAGGAGAAGCUCAAUGAGCUGCCUCAUUUCGUCACCACAAUCCAGUCCGAAGACUACGAGCCUUUGAGUAUCCAUUUCUUGCACAAGAAAAGCCCAGUCAAGGGAGCAAUCCCGCUGCUGUUCGUGCAUGGCUGGCCUGGGAAUUUCUUGGAGGUCACCAAAAUCAUCGAAGCUCUGUCUUCCCAGUCCCAGGGUCAAGUAUCAUUCCAUGUCGUUGCACCGUCGUUACCAAAUUUUGGAUUCUCCGAAGGCACGAAGAAACGCGGGUUUUCAGUCGAGCAGUAUGCCGAGACGUUGCAUAAAUUGAUGUUGAGGCUUGGUUAUGAUCAGUAUGUUACUCAAGGCGGCGACUGGGGCUACUACAUUAGUCGCGCCCUCUCGUUGCUCUACCCGCGAAACUGCAAAGCUACGCACUUCAACAUGGACGUGGGCUCUCAGCCUACACUCUUCACGCACCCAUACUUAUUCAUCUCCUCCUUCUUUCAGCGCCUUACCAAGCGAGAGAAACAAGGGGUCUCACGCACACAGUGGUUCGACAAAGAAGGCAUCGGGUAUAACAUCCUCCAAUCCACAAAGCCACAGACAAUAGGCUACGCUUUAGCCGAUAGCCCUGUAGCCUUGAUGGCUUGGAUCUACGAGAAACUGCAUGACUGGACAGAUGCGUACCCUUGGACUGACGAAGAGAUCUGCACGUGGCUGAGUAUAUACUACUUCAGCACUGCCGGCCCUGCAGCCUCGUGCCGGAUAUACUACGAAAUGGGCCGGUCGGGCCCCUGGGGAAAUCGCCUUACCCGGGACGAACUCAGGACGUGCCAAUCCAACGGGGUGAAGGUCGGGAUCAGCCAUUUCCCGCGGGAUAUCCACGUCUUGCCCAGUUCAUGGACGAGGACCGUCGGCGAAGUAGUGUUCGAGAGGGAGCAUGAGAAGGGAGGGCAUUUCGCGGCGUGGGAGCGGCCGGAAGACAUUGUCGGGGAUGUCAAAGAGAUGUUUGGAAAGGGCGGUGGUGCGUACGGGGUUGUGGAAGGCAAGGAUGGAUAUUGA